AUGAUGACAGAGAUCACUUACGCUGAAGUGAGAUUCAUAAACGAAGCCCAGUCCUCGGCCGCCCCGUCAGAGGCUCCUGCAGUUCCCAAAGAGAAGACUUGCCCUCCCCAAAGUAACUCUGGUUGCCUCAAACUACUUCUUGCCGCAUUGCUGAUUCUUCUGCUGCUGACAAUCUCAUUUUUAAUCGCCUUUAUCAGGAAAUCCUGGAGCUGCUGCCCAAAGAAUUGGAAGCCAUUUGGUUCAACUUGCUACUUUUUUUCUUCUGAGACAAAAAACUGGACUGACAGUGAGAAGAACUGUACAGGGAUGCAGGCGCAUCUGCUGGUGGUCGACAGCAAGGAGGAGCAGGACUUUAUUAACAACAAUGUGAAGCGGUCCAGUGGUUAUUACUUGGGGCUGUCAGAUCUGAAGAAUGGUCACUGGGAAUGGGUUAAUGAGACCCCAUACAAUCACAGUGUCACGUUCUGGCACCCAGGUGAACCCAGUUUUGAUUAUGAACAUUGUGUUAUGUUAAAUUUUCGUCCCAUACAGAACUGGGGCUGGAAUGACGUUACUUGUAAUGAGCCUCUGGAUUCAAUUUGUGAGAUGCUGAAGAUCUACUUAUGA